ACAGUAUGAUAACUUUACGAAAAGAUAGAACCGGCCAUUUAUGUCAAAGCCAUUCUGAAAUGAACGAAUUGUGUACCGUUGUCAGCAGGACAGCCGUGAGAAAACCAGAUAAUCAAGGCUAGUUACUCUAGUCAGUGACUGGAACACGGAAUGACUGAAAACAAGAAACUGGUAAUUAUCACAAACGAUGAUCUGAAAGACAAAAGGACUGGAAUGCAUUCUCGGUUGGAUAUUUUGCUUUAUGCUUUAUCUUUUAAUAAUCAAAACCGCCAGCUAAUUAAGUAUUCUGUGAAGGGCUUGAGUUUACUAAAAUCGAAGGUUUAUCUGUUGGCGUGCGAAGGAAAGUUGAAAGUUUUUUAAAGUGUUUUCAAAAUGUCUUCGUUAAACGACCGUGAAGUAACCGCUUUAAAAGAUGCUAUUGAUCUCUAUGAUACAGUAGGAGACGGGAAAGUCGAUUCCAUGGCUUUGGCAGACAUACUACGAGGCAUCGGUGAAAAUCCUACCGAAAGCGACGUUCAAAAGUUCCUGAAGCAAGUCGAUCCGGUCGGGAACAAGAGAAUCGCUUUGGAGGAUUUAAUACCGAUCGCCCUAUCGUGCAAGCAGAAGUCGAGGAACGUCCAGCCUCAAGAGUUCGUGGAUUGCUUGAGAGUAUUUGACAAGGAUUGCUCGGGCAAUAUCAGCAGCGCUGAGCUUCGCCAAGUUUUGACGACGCUUGGGGAUAAAUUAACAACAGAAGACGUCGACACGCUCACAUCUGGCCUCGAACACAAGGGACAAGUGAAUUAUGAAGAAUUUGUGCGAAGUGUAAUGUCAGGAUGAGAGAAAUACGAUGAAUUUUGGCGAUAUUUUAGCGGGAUGUUGUACGACUUUAGCAUAUGUUUACAAGCUUGUAUAGUUCUAAUUUAAACUACCAAACUGGCAAACACCAAUAUUAAUAGCGUAUUAUUGACUCAAGGAGUUAAAGGUCUUUAGACUUUUACAUUACACGACUGUUGUCAUUUUAUUCGCUAAUUCGGUUAUAAGUUUGCUUUAAAACUUUAUUUUGAACCAUGGUAUCAUGGCUUUAAAUUUAGUAAUCAACCAUUGGAAGUGUUAACAAAAUGUUUUGCAAUUAAAAUUGAAAUUGUUUAUCUUUGAGUGGCCAUGAUCAUUGACCCGUUUAACAUCAAUCAAGUUGAAGAUCAAUAUACA